AAUAAAGGGAGAGAGAAACAAAGAGACGAAAGAGAAGGGUCAAAAGCCGCACUCGCGCACCGCUUAGUGACCAGUGCCCCCUUCUCUCUGUUACUCAGUUCUCUAUUGUUCCCAGAUGUGCUGACAUUACCCCAUUACUUAGAUUUCUCUGUUCCUUCUUCACAUCGUUCUCUCUUGUUUCUUUGGGCAAAACUUGAAAAAAAGUUUUUUCUUUUUCCUGGUCUACCAUGCUGGUUCAUGCGAAGGCACUGUUGGGUUUCCUGGCUUUUCUUGGCUUGCAGCUUCCUUUGAUACUGGCAGAUUGCCCCUUAGAUUUGAGUGGAUCCAAUUUUACACUUGUGGCUUCUGUAUGCUCCAAUAAAGAUGACAGAGGAAAGUGUUGCCGCUAUAUGAAUGCUUUCAUUGCAGUUUCUGUUGCUCGUUAUGCAAACGUGACAAGCAACCUAGGAGUUACAUCAGAUUCAUCUGAGGUCUGCAUCCACUCCAUAUUGCAGACCAUGGAACUGUAUGGAGUGCCACGAAAUGCCACAAUUUUCUGUGGGUUUGGUACAAAAAUUCCUGUUAGUUAUGACUGUAGGGGCCGAACAACUGUCAUGCAGAUGCUUGAGUCUCCAAAAUUUAUGGAUGUCACAGAGAACUGCAAACUGCCACUUUUGCAGGAAAAUGAUUGCCGAAAGUGUUUAAAUGCCGGCAUUGUCUACCUUCAUCAUCUGGUUGGAUCUGAAAAUAAUAUGACAUUGAGUACUUGCCGAGAUGCAACCUUUGCUGCACUUGCAAGCCAAGUUGACAACACUUCAGCCAUUGAAAUCGCAAGCUGUUUUUUUCAAGUUCAGGGAUUUAAUAUCCAACCAGUUUCAGAGUCAUCUCCAUCUCUGCCUGCUCCUAAGGCUUCUCCUAGUCCAUUGGUUGCUGCUAGCCCAAGUCAACUCAUGUUGGGAGUGCCUCCAAAACAAAAGCACCACAACUACCACCUCACAUUAAUUCCAGGUGUUGGCAUAGCAGUUACAGUAGCUGCUGUGAUGAUGCUUAUAAUCUUGGUAGUUUUGAUUCGUAGGAAAAGCAGAGAAUUGGAGGAUUCUGAGAGUAUGGACAAGAACUCUUCAAAACUCUUUUCUUCUACUCGGCCCAUGCGAAAAUUUCAGGAAGGUCCUACAUCAAUGUUCCAAAAAUAUAGCUACAAGGAAACAAAGAAAGCAACUGACAAUUUUAACACCAUCAUUGGUCGUGGAGGGUUUGGAACAGUGUACAGAGCCCAAUUUAGUGAUGGCUCAGUGGUAGCUGUGAAGCGGAUGAACAAAGUUUCAGAGCAGGGGGAAGAUGAAUUUUGCAGAGAGAUAGAACUUCUUGCUAGAUUACACCAUCGUCAUCUAGUCUCUCUAAGAGGAUUUUGCAGCAAAAAGCAUGAGAGGUUUCUAAUGUACGAGUACAUGUCAAAUGGAAGCCUAAAGGAUCAUCUACAUUCCCCAGGAAAAACCCCACUGAGUUGGGAGACCAGAAUACAAAUUGCCAUUGACGUGGCAAAUGCUUUGGAGUACCUUCAUUGUUAUUGUGAUCCACCUCUGUGCCACAGGGACAUCAAAUCAAGCAACAUUUUGUUGGAUGAGAAUUUUGUUGCAAAGGUUGCAGAUUUUGGCCUUGCACAUGCUUCAAAAGAUGGUUCUAUUUGCUUCGAACCAGUAAAUACUGAUAUCCGUGGAACUCCAGGUUAUAUGGAUCCUGAAUAUGUGAUCACUCAAGAGCUCACUGAUAAAAGUGAUGUGUAUAGCUAUGGUGUACUACUUUUGGAGAUAGUGACGGCAAGACGAGCUAUACAAGAUGGCAAGAAUUUGGUGGAAUCAUCCCAGAUACUGAUGGGAUCAGAGUUGAGGCUAAUUGAGCUAGUGGACCCCCAAAUUAAGGACUCCUUUGACUUGGACCAACUUCAGACAGUUGUGACCAUUGUGAGAUGGUGCACCCAGAGAGAAGGGAGGGCUAGGCCUUCAAUCAAACAGGUUCUUCGCCUUUUGUAUGAGAGUUCAGAUCCGAUGCAAAGUGGGUUCAUACAAGCUGUUGAAGAUGAAGACUAUGAAGGUAGCGAAGGAAGAGGUAGGUCAAGUAGAGGGAAAGUACCUAGGAGUGGACCUCUUUUUUACAGUGGGGAUGGAAGAUAUCUUGCUUCAUCUUCAAGUACAUCAAGGUCAUAUUGUAGUAGAAGCUUUUUAUUAGAAACUGGCUCACCACAAUCUCCUCAAAAUAUACUCUCCCUUUGAGGCUAAUCAUUUGUUUGCUUGAUCCAACAAUAUGAGAGAGCUGCCUCCAUUUGAUUAAGCCACAGUUCAGAAAUUGCUUGGUGUGAUUUGAGUCAUGAGCUGGCAGGUAUACAUGGUCUUUGUUAGGCAGAAUUCUCCUGUUGUAGAGCAGGUAAAUGCCAUCAAGCUUGUUACUUGUACAAAUGGGAUAAAAAAAGAAUUUUGAAGAGUAGUCAUCCUAUAAUGUUCCGGUUUUUGUUACCCUUAAAUUUUUUGGAUAACUGAGACCUAAAUGUAUUUUUUGGUUGUCAUUGAUACAGAGAUUAGGGUAUUGCAGCUAGUCAUCAAGGUUAACUCUGUCUGUUAUUGAUCCAAAAACUGGGAGAGAUGUCUCAGUGCAAUUGUUUUAUUACCUUCUAAUAAAGUUACCGCUGUUAUAUAUGGAAAA